CUUGCCUGCCGACGGGACUAUAGUUUCGACAUCGCCUCAACUGGUACCAUCAUCACCUCAAACGGGAAUCGAACUCGACUGGUACAGCGUACAAUUUCAACAGAUUUCAGCAGAGGACUCAUCUCCGCCGAAGCAGUGCACCCUUCGGUGAAGCCCCGCAGACAGUUCCCAUCCAGGCUGGACAGCCUCUUUCAAUCCUCCACCGAUACGUUAGAGACAACCCUUUGCGUCUUCAACAGUCGCGAUGCUCUGCUCCGUGGGCCUUUGGACGAGGAACGAACUUUAGCAACGCCAAGCCCACUUGAUACAGUUGGCUACCUGAAGCUCGAGGACGUCCCGACCAUACCGAAGGUGCUAAAGGGAGACAGCACCGUCUCCGCCGACCGAGCCUUUUUGAUCGACAGCUCCAUUUAA